AUGCAUCGCCGGCCAGUCUGCAGGCUAUCACGUCGGGCUGAGUGGUCAAAUUCAGCCUGCCGAACACCUUCAUUAACGGCAUACACAAUUCGACGGACUUUACAGUCAUCUGCGACGCGUUGCGAUUCAGCAGAUCCACCGGACGGAAACAACGAUGGCACCGCCGCACCUUCAGAAACACCGAAGCCCAAGUUCGGUAGCCGAUGGGCCCCUAAGCAAACUACAAAACCUGCUGGCCUGAGUGCCGCAGAACUAGCGAUUCGCCAAAACCUCAUCACGAAGAGCCAACCUCCGCCCCCACCUCCACCACAACAGCAACGCAGCUGGGAACAGCCAAGGCACCAACGGAACUUAGGGUACUCAGAUCGGCACACGAGGCCAUUCGCGAGGCGCGAUGCGGGCUCCCGGGACCGCUCAGGUGGCCACAUGAAGUGGUCGGCAGAUACACCUCGGAAACACGCGCGGGACCAACCUUUUGAAGAAGAAAACCCUUUCACCAAAAAGGAGAGCGAUGCGGGCUCUUCGGACACCCGAGGAAGCGAUAUGAACUGGUCGAGAGAAACAUAUCGGAGGCAGCCACGGAACCAAGAGAGGAGCCCUUUUAAUGAAGAAAGGAACCCUUUUGCUGAGGGGAGGGACUAUGCUGGCUCUCGGGAUGAGCAAAUCGCCAACUUCAGGCGGGCAAGACAAGCCCCGCGGUAUCAGGAGAGGAACCCGUUCUAUGAAGAGAAGAACCCAUUCGCAUCCGAAAGCACACAGAAUAACCUCGAGGGCCCAUCUCAGAGCAGAAGAAGGAAUGCGCCGUAUGGAAAGACUUAUGAAGACUGGACUUGCCCAAAUUGCUCCAGGGCUGUUUUUGCCUAUAGACGCGCGUGUCCAUUCUGCCAAACCCCUCGACAGACCGAUGCUCCGCAAAAACCACGAAUAACUAGAGAUUAUGCCGAGAACCCCCGUUCGUCGCAGCCCCGUCAGUCUCGGCCCGCUUCUGAGGAUAGUCAAAAAUUCCAGCAGUUGGGAGAUUCAUUAUUAAAUGAGAUGGAAGGCGACGGCCAGGACGCAGCAAGAACCACAGAGCGCGAUAUUAAGGAGGGUAAGCCUCAAACGGAUCAGGAGAAGGAAGACUUCAAGAAGAACCAGUGGACCUGGGAUAUGUCUGCCUUAGAGCAAUUAAAGGAAUUAGAGGCUCAAGAGCAGCAGCCACAAAAGCCUGUGAAGCGACGCGAAGUGCGCGAAGUGCGCAAAGGACCGCCUUCGCAUAGAGCGGAGACGCCUGCAAAAGAAAAGAACGAACAGAGAGCCGCGAAGAAGGCUGCAGCCGAGGCAGCACCUGCGCCUCUUUACCUCCCCGAAUUCAUCAGCGUCAGCAAUCUGGCUGAUGUCAUUGGUGUGCGGCCGGCGCAGUUUGUGCAGCGAAUGGAAGAAAUGGGAUUCGAUGAGAUCACGUACCGGGAUAUCCUCGAUGCAGAAACCGCCGGACUGGUAGCCGCUGAAUUCAACUUUGAGGCCAUCUUCGACAGUGGCCGGGAAGACUUACAGGCCGCACCUCCGCCAGAGGACACAUCGAAUCUGCCAACUCGGCCGCCCGUGGUCACGAUCAUGGGUCAUGUCGAUCACGGCAAAACCACCAUUUUGGAUUGGCUGCGAAACUCAUCUGUGGCAGCGUCUGAGCAUGGCGGUAUCACACAGCAUAUCGGUGCCUUCUCUGUGACGAUGCCUUCUGGAAAGGCUAUCACUUUCCUUGAUACCCCUGGUCAUUCUGCAUUCUUGGAAAUGCGCCGCCGAGGUGCCGACGUGACAGAUAUCGUGGUCCUUGUGGUUGCUGCAGACGACAGUGUCAAGCCGCAAACCAUUGAGGCCAUCAAGCACGCUACGCAAGCCAGAGUUCCCGUCAUUGUUGCCAUCAGCAAGAUUGACAAGGAGGACGGCAACCCUGAUCGAGUCAAGACUGACCUUUCUGUUCAUGGUAUUCACGUGGAAGACUUCGGAGGUGACGUUCAAGCCAUCGGUGUCAGUGGUAAAACUGGGCAAGGAAUGGUCGAAUUGGAAGAAGCCAUCGUGGCGCUUUCAGAAAUGCUCGACCACCGCGCAGAUACAACCUGCAACGUCGAAGGAUGGAUCAUUGAGGCCUCCACAAAGAGCUAUGGCCGUGUAGCAUCCGCUUUGAUCCGACGUGGAACUCUCCGGCCAGGUGAUGUGAUCGUUGCCGGUACCGCGUGGGCUCGCGUUCGCACCCUCCGCAACCAAGCCGGUGUGACCAUCAGCGAAGCGACACCUGGAAUGCCCGUCGAGAUCGAUGGCUGGAGGGAGCAGCCAGGUGCCGGCACCGAGCUCCUGCAAGCCCCAACCGAGCAAAAGGCCAAGGAUGUUGUGGACUACCGCUUAGAGAAGUCCGAUACUCAGAAGAUGGGUGUCGAUAUGGCUGCCAUCAACGAGGCUCGUCGUGAACUUCUCGAAAAGCGCAGGCGCAAGGAGCAGGAUGAAGAGGAAGCAGCGAAAGAGGUCGAAUCCACCGGUCCCAAGCCGGUCAACUUCAUUCUGAAGGCCGAUGUGGACGGCUCGGCGGAGGCAGUCUUGAACUCCGUUGCGGCUGUCGGCAACAAUGAAGUCUUUGCCAAUAUUAUCCGCUCCGGCGUUGGCCCUGUCAGCGAAUUCGACAUCGAACACGCUGGUAGUGCCAAGGGCAAGAUCAUCUCCUUCAAUCAACCCAUUGACCCCAAUAUCAUGCGCAUGGCUGAGACCGAGGGUGUUGAGAUCAUGGAUCAUAAUAUCAUCUAUAAGCUCAUCGAUGAUGUCAAGGCUAUUCUGAGCGAACAACUACCUCCAUCCGUCACCACACGUGUGACCGGAGAAGCUGAGAUCCAGCAGGUAUUCGAGAUCACCGUUAAGGGCCGCGAAAAGACCUCCAUUGCAGGAAGUCGCGUGCGCAACGGUAUGAUCAACAAAACCCGUAAGGUCAGGGUGCUUCGUGGGGAUGAAGUCGUCUACGAUGGCACGAUGGUUUCGCUCAAGAACGUGAAGAAAGACGUCACUGAAAUGCGCAAAGACACAGAAUGUGGUAUCAGUUUCGAGAAUUGGACGGCUUUCGAAGUCGGCGACCACAUUCAGUGCUAUGAAGAAAUCUUUGAGAAGCGAUAUCUGUGA